AAUCAUUAAAAUGAAAGCUAUACAGUUAAUAUCACAAAAGAAGGAGAUUGAAUUUGUUGAGGUACCUAUACCGAAAAUUACGGAUGCUAAUGAUGUUCUAAUUAAAGUAGCCUAUUCUGGAAUAUGCGGGACAGAUCUUCAUAUUAUUGAGGGAAAAUUUCCGGUAGUAAAAGAUCAACCCCUAAUUCUAGGUCAUGAGUUUUCUGGAACUGUAGUGGAUUUUGGAAAAGAUGUAACAAUUUUUAAAGUAGGAGAUAAAGUUGCUGGAGACCCUAAUGAUUCUUGUUUGUCUUGUGAGUGGUGUCACUUGGGACAACCGCAUUUUUGUAACAAUAAUAACAAAAAUUUAGGAACUCUUAAGGAUGGAGCUUGGGCUGAAUUUGUUGUUAUACCCGCUCACAUGGUCCAUAAGUUGCCACAUAAUGUUACGUUAGAACAAGGUGCUCUAGCAGAACCAUUAUCAUGUCUCUCUCACGGACUGGACAUUGUUGAACCUAUGCCAGUAGGCUCGAAAAUUUUAAUAACUGGUGCUGGUAUAAUUGGUGUGCUAUGGGCUUGUAUUUGUCAUUUAAGAGGGCAACGAAACGUUACCGUUUGUGAACCAAAUACAGCUAGACUUGAUGUUAUAAGAAAAUUGGAUCUGAAAGUCGAAUUGGUAACUCCUGAAGAACUGAAAGCAAAAAGUAAGGAGUUGUAUGAUUUCUGUAUAGACUGUAGUGGUAAUGUAGCUGCAAUGGAAUACUCAGUAAAGCUUCUUAAAUCGGGUGGAACAUUUCUUUGUUUCGCUGUAGCUCCACCAGACGCUGAGAUAAAGAUUAACAUAUUCGAGAUGUUCAUGAGAGAAACCAGAAUAAUGGGCGUUAAAAUAAAUCCCUUUAGCUUUUUAAACGCUAUUCGACUAAUUCAUGCCAUGGAGGACAGGUAUUUACAAUAUGAAAAACUUGGAAUUAAAACUUAUAAACUAGAAGAAUACGAUUUGGCUUUAAAUGAUCUAAAAAGUGGAAAAGUUUUAAAAGCUGUUUUUAAAUUGUAAAUAAAAGAUCAAAACAAGAAGUGUUCUGUAGACAAUUAGUGCUGUGAGACAUAUUAAUGACAUCAAAUUUCUAUUAAUUUGAUUGUAAUAGUUGCACUGUGAUCAGAUGUUGAGAAAUUUAUUGAUUAUCUGUAUUAUUGGAAUGUGUUUAACCAAAGCUUUAGCUAAGUAAAAAUAAGUUUUUGUAAUAUUAUUUUAGUUUGUACGAUAAAUUUUUUUUAUA